AUUUGCAUCUGCUGCGCAAUAAAAACACACAGAUGUCAAGCUAGUGAGGAAGCAUACAUUUCUGUUUACUCAGUAGACUCAGUGCUCAGUGCCAGAGUUAAUGUUAAUGAGAUGGGACUCAUAAACAUGCCCGGCCUGUUCUGUGGUUUUUGGAGAAACAAAACUGAAACUACCUCAUUCCGUCUGCUACUGUAGGUAAACCUUGCCCGGCCUUGUCAGUGUCUCAUUCCAGGGAACCAUGGCACUGCUUCUUGUACUUACCUACCUUGUCUUGGCUCUCAGUAGCAUCAGCGGUUAUCCACUUUCCCAUCAAAGUAAUGGACUGCGAGAAUGCCGUAGCAACGGGGCACUCAGGGCUCUAGAGGUGUUACCAGGUGGAGGAUGGGACAACCUCCGCAAUCUGGACAUGGGAAAGGUGAUGAACUUCAGCUAUUCCCAGUGCCAAACGACAGAGGACGGAGUCUACCUCAUUCCUGACGAAGUUUUUGUGAUUCCACAGAAAGUCAGUAGAGUGGAGACUAACUCUGACAUCAUCACCUCAUGGCUCGACCAGCGCAGCACCACAUCUCGUUCCAUCAACGCAGAAGCGUCUUUCUUCCCCGUUCUCAAUGGAAAGUUCUCCUUGGAGAAUGAACGCAUGAAGAGGCAUCAAGUGAAGGAGAGUUCUGUUACUGCCCAUGUACAAGUGCGGGACCAUCUCUAUACUGUGAAAGCGUACCCAGGCUUCACCCUGGACUCUCGCUUCACCCAUCAGGCCAUGGAAAUUGCUGACGCCAUAGAAAACAACCAAACCCGCCAAGCAACUUACCUUUCAGAGAAGCUGAUCCUAGACUAUGGCACCCAUGUGAUAACAACUAUUGAAGCUGGAGCUUCAUUGGUGAUGGAGGAAUACCUCCAAGCCUCUUAUGUCUCUAACGUGGACAAAUCUACUCACUCAGUCUCAGCAUCAGCGGGACUGAGCUUUUUCAACAAAGUGAACUUUAAAAUUGGCAGCAAAGACAUGCAGGAGACAUCAGAAACCCGCAACUAUGAGGGGAAUGUCACAUACUCACUGACAGUGAGCCAUGGUGGAGCACCAUUCUACCCUGGAGUCACUCUACAAAAGUGGCAAGAAAGCACCGUAAACAAUCUGGCAGCCAUAGACCGCACAGGUAUGCCGCUCCACUACUUCAUCACCAAGGCUGUGUUCCCCAACAUUCCAGAACCAACUGUUAGCAAACUGGCCUGGUUAGUUCGCCAAGCUGUCAAGAGUUAUUACACUGUUAAUACUCGUCCAGGGUGUGUCAGGCCAGAUUCAAAGAAUUUCAACUUUCAGGCCAACAUAGAUGACGGCAGCUGUGAAGGGCCUGCAACUAACCCGAAAUUUGGUGGCAUUUAUCAACGCUGCACCCAGAUCACUGAAGAUGGACAUUUGAUUUGCGAUGUACAAGGACAGAAUAACCCAGAAACCGGCAACUACACAUGUCAGGCGCCCUACCAGGAAACCUUGUUGCGAUCACAGACGAAGGAAGAAGGCUACACUCGUUACGAAUGCCACCAGGAGUGUGAAACGUGUUGGCUAAUCCAGAAAUGUUGCAAAAAUGUGUGCAGUGAUGUCUAUCGUAUCAGACGUGCCAACAUCGAGACUUACUGGUGCUCCACAGUGGAGGAAACCGAGACGGUCUCUGGCUUCCUGUUUGGUGGCCUCUACAGCCCUUCAAUGGACAACCCUUUGACUAAAUCCCGCAGCUGUCCUCCCCAGUACAACCCACUCAGACUACUAACCACUGGUCUGAUGGUCUGCUUGAGCAAAGACUAUGAGGCCGGUACACGAUUCUCUGUGCCUUUCGGGGGAUUCUUCAGCUGCGAGGCUGGAAACCCGCUCAUGGGCGGCCAACGUCGCUGCCCGCCCAAUUUCAGCCAGCACCUGGCUGCCAUCAGUGAUGGGUGUGAGGUGCUCUACUGCGUCCAGUCGGGCGUCUUCACAGGUGGGAAGCUGCUUCCAAUACACUUGCCACCAUUCACCCACCCACCCAUCAGUACAAAGACCACCAAGACUGUGGUUGUCAUGACAGAGGGGGACAAGGCCUGGGUUCGAGUCAAUGGCACCCAGAUGUGGAAACUGGCCAAGGCACCCGAGGUCCAAGGGUUAACCGAACAGAUGAACAACUCUGAGAUGUCAUUAGGAGAGAAGGUUGGCAUUGGCAUUGUGGGAGUUGUGGUGGCUGUGCUGGCAUUGGUGGUGAUUGUUGCUGUCUUCAUCAUCAGGAGGAGGAAGAGGAAGGCAGUGGCCUCUAAUGUUAUGAGGCUAUGUGAAGAUAGUAUAACCAGUGAGGGGUAGAUACCUGUAGGGACAGAGAGAGAGAGAGCAAGGUGAGAUUAGGCCGCUGCCAGGGGGUGGGAGAGGCAACCCACCAGGGCCUGCUGUACUGUAAUUCACAAUCAAUAUAAGAGUUUGUGUUUUUAGUAACUAAGGCUCAUGCAUCUUCUGUUAUUUUCCUUUCUUGUCUGCUCCAUGCAAAGUAAGGUUGAGGGAGGACUCUGUUCUUUAUUUCCUUUUUCCAUAUUAUGUGAAGAUGCUUUACACUGUCAGUGGUCUCUACAAGGCAGUAAUAGUCGAAAUGUAGACAUUAAUUAAAAUUUCAAUGUCAUGUUUAUUACCUUUUUAAACCAGAAUACAUCUCUUUGGUUGUUGUAAGAAUGGCAGUGGAGGUACAAGGAAAGGAAUGAAAGGAAAACCUCCAAAGAUUAGAAACAUGCACUCAGUGGGCUAUGUAAUUUAG